UGUUUGUGUCCGGAAGUCACGAGUGUCAACAAAUAAAUUUACAUUUCACAUUUCCGUUGGAGAGAGAAUACACUUACAGUACACAAUGAUUCUUAACGAAGUCAUUGUGCUUUUAGUAGUACUAACUGUUGUUUCUGUCGAGGGAUACAUAUCAUGUGGGAAUUCAGCUGUACCAACACAGUGUUACGGAUCCGGAGCAUAUUGUUGUGGAUUAUACAAUGACGAGUGUUGCUGGGAGACAGUAUAUUCAUUCUGGUGGUUUUGGUUCAUAUGGUUUAUGGUAGUGGUGUUUAUCAUCUCGUGCUCCAUCUGUAUCUGUGUAAGACGACGUCGCCGUUACGCUGCUCAACCAAGAUAUGUCGUAGUUGAUGGAACUCAGGCAACAUACGGAACUAUGCCACAGGUUUAUGGUUAUCCACCGUCAACAACUGCAUACCAACACUCAGUGGUACAAAACAUGCCACCGUCAGCGCCGGCUUAUCAGGAAAAGCCACCAGAAUAUAGUGCUGUAGUGGGAAAUUGAGAUGCGUGAAUGGAUUUGAUUUUAACGUUGGUGCAUAUCAACAUGUAUUUAUCGUAUCGUCUUCAAGAAGUGAUGUUUGAAAAACUGACUUUAUUUAAUGAAAAAAAUGUGUUGUUUGUAUUUUUAUACUUUUUUUAAAUAUGAUGUAAUUUUAAGGUUUUAACCCCUUUGUGCUAGUGGUGAUGUGCUAGUGGUGACCAAAUGGUUUAUGUUUCUGUUUUUAGCAAGGCCAGCUUGCACAUUUUUACAAUCAAACAUUCAAUGCUUUGCUUUAGUUAUGUUACCUUGAAAGCCUGUAUCAUUUGUUCAUUCCAUGCUUACCUUAAGAAAUGUAACCCUGAAUGACCUUACAUAAAUAAUGGACUACCCACACAUAAUGCAAGAGGACUAGUACAUUUUACAAAUAUGGGGUGAUAAAACAUUUUUGUGUUAUUAUCACAUGGCAAUCAUGUAAAAUAUCAAUGUCUGAUUGGUCAGUUUUAGAACAUGUUGAGUAUUGGGUGAUAUGUCUAUUUUAAGAAUUGUUUCCAAGUUUUGCUUUCAAAAUUGUAAUAAUAUGGGUUGGAAUGAUAGUGUUUAAUUAGUAAUUUAUUAGUAAUUGGUACAUGUAUUUUGAACUAUUGAAAAUUGAUAUUUGUACCAUAUCAACAUUGACCGAGUUAUUUUAAUUUAACUGAUUAAAUGACUUUGCAACAUUGCUGUUGACAUUGGGUAAUUGGGGAAAAUUUCUUCUUCACUGUAUUUUUGUGCUAUUUAAUACAACUAAAUUAAUUAAUUUGAAUAUAUUUAUACAUAUUUUUUCGUAAUGUUUAAUUUUAAUUGCUUUUUUAGCUAAACUUAUUGUGAAAAUGAAAUCAAAAUUUAAUGUAAUAAUAAUUUGUGUAAGUGUUUCUAAGAUAACAUAUUUGCUAUAGUACGAAAACCUUCAUUAAAAUAUUGUUACUUAAAUAAAAUAGCAAACAUUUUUGUAAAUGAAAGAAUUUCUGUUUUAUGUUUAUAAAGUAAUGUGCAAUAUAUUUGUUAUAUGAAAUGUUUUAGCUUAGAAAUGAAUUUGUAUACAAGAAAAUGAUAUUAAAUUGUUGGUCUCCAUAUUAACUUAAGUUUUCUAUAGUUUUCUAUGGCUCUAAUGUUAGAAAUCUUGACUUUAGAGCACUAACGGGUUAACUCCCAGUAGAUAAUAUAAAGAGUUAACAUGUUAUUGCGCUGAGGUGAAGAUAUAAUGAUUGAUAAGAAAAAAACAUUACAGGAAAACCAGGUUUUGUGACAAAAUUUUAAAAAUUGUAAUUUUGUUACAUGGUGUUUUAUUACUACUAGUCAAGUCUGAAAGGCACAUUAUGCCUCAGAAGCAAUUAAACAAUUUUGUUCUUAAUUAAAAGCAAACAUAAAGUUAUAUUUUAACUCCUCACUAUUUUUGUUAUGUUAAUUUCCCAUAGGCCAAUGGGAGUUAUUCAUACUGUUAAUUAAAGUGUACAAUGUGAAUACAAAUUGUGUACCGUAAGAGUACAGGUAACAGUACUUUUUCACAGUUAAAAAUUUGAGAAGAGAAACUUACAGAAACAGUGUCCCAAUAAAAUCUGUGUUCGGGAUAAUAAAAAGGUUGGUGAGUUACAGCAAAAAUAUCCCUAGUAAAAAUACUUUUACCCGAGGCGUUAGCUGAGGAUAACAGUAUUUUUACAAGGGAUGAUAUUUUUUCUUGGGAUAAUAUAUUUACUGUUACUCACAAACCUGUAUGCUACUUAUAUAAAGUUUAAAAAAUUGGUUUUAGAUUAUAUAUUGAGUUGAAAAUAUGAGACUAUAGUUGUUCAUUCUAUAGUAAAGGUAUGAUUGUUAUUAUAAGAACAUUUUGAAACAAUUGUUAGAGCGAUAUGCAAACAUCUAUGUGUUAAGUAAGUGUAAGUUAAAUUAUGCAUGUAACAACUGGUUAAAGUCAUUGAAAAAACAGUAUGUAAAAACUAAAAACGUAUUUCAAAUAGUCGCGAAACAUCCUAAAUGUAUAAAAUUUAUAUUUGCUACUAUGGGAGUGUGCUAAGGACAAGAUAACAAAUUGAAAAGGAUUUUUCAAGUAUCAUACCAGCAUUUAAAAUAUGGUUCCCAUAGCAACUAUGAAACAUUAUCUGACACAUAUUUAUUAAAUUCAUGAAGAUCAAAACAUUAUCUCAUUAAAUGACAAGUGAAUCAAUUUUAAAAAAAAUCUUCUUUUUUUUCCAGCUUGUUUUUUUAAAAAUACUUUAAUUGUCAUUUAUGUAAUUAGUUAAAGUCUGGUUUUCAUGCAGUGUUUUCCAGAGGAAUUUCUUAACUGUUUUGUAAUAAAAUGAAAUUUUAAUGAUUUUUAUGAUGGCUAUUUAUGGAACAUAUUUUUUUUCUUUAUUUGCGGCUUGCGAGCGAGCGAGUAUGCAUGUUUUUACUCGUAUAUACAUGUAUAUCUUGAUAAUUGUAAACAGUUAAAUCUUUCAUACAUAUUGUUGUUUUUUUUUCUUUAUUUAUUUUCUAAUGUGCCUUAUCUUCAAUGUUAUUUGUAAAGAUGUAAAUCAGCGUUGAAGCUGUACCACCUCGUGAUGAAUAAAAAAAAGAGUUUAGCAAAAAAAGAACAAUUUUUAUGGGUCAGAGAAAUUUAUAAAUACUCACAAUGACUGUAUAGGUUUAAAUGUUUUAUGUACAAAUAUGGCUGAAUUUAGUCUUUUCAUCACUGUAUUUUUACCCUGUUCCUUAUAAAAUAAGUACUAUCAUUGCAUAUUUGACAAAUUUUAUGUAAGUAAUGUGGCCUUAGAGUGCCUAAUGUUAACUUAGAUUACUUUAUAUGCAUGUAUAUCAAUUUAUUUGCUUGACAAUGUAUCUUUUAUAUGUUCAAUACACAAAAUUUUCAUAAAAUCCUUAUUCUGGAAGCUUGCUGAAUUAAACUGACUGUUUCUUGCUGGGUUAUUUCCGAGCUUAGCUUUAACAUUAAUCCUUGUCACACAUACAAUGUAACCAAAGGUGAUUAGCCUUUGCUUCCAGUGGUUUUACAGGUUUUUUGUAUUCCCUUAAACUGUUAAUAAAUUGUUCAAAAAAAAUAUACCUUUUGUGUCAAUUUAAAAACCAAUAGUCCAAAGAUUUACAUGUACUUUUAUAAGAAAAAAUGUAAUUAUAUGUAAGAAAGAAAGUCAUUGAGCAGGAAAUUUAGACAUAGAAAAAUUUUGCAUGCCGCAGCCGGGACUCAAUCCAUGGGUCUCUGGAUUGUUGGUCCAGUAUGCUAACCACAGCUGCUGUUGCAUUUUCUUCGUACUAAUUGACCUAUAUAUUUAAGUGAUUUUUUACUUUAUUGUGACAUCAUCACUUUUAUUACCAUAGUGGCAAGCUCAUUAAAGCUACCUUCACCGCAGAUGGCUAAAUCAGUCACAGUUUUUUUUCUUAUUCUAUAUAUCUAAGUAUAAUAUAUCUAACACUGUGACAGAUGAAAUAAUUAUUUUGAAAUACAUUGUCAUAGGAUAGGUAAAGGAGACCAUAAACAAUGAAUAUUUUAUCUAUAUUUUAUCAGAGUGUACAAGGUUAUAAUCAGAAUGAUUUUGUCUUGUUUAUAGAUAGUGUAUGUUUAUAGAUUUUUAAUUGUUGUGUGAAAUUUAUUGAGUAUUAUCUAAAUGUAUGUUUAUAUAAGUACAUAACUACAUGUACAGAUGUAAAUGAGAAACAUGCCUGUAUUAUAUAAAUAUAUUAAUGUGUUUUACUGAAAAACAGUAUUAUACAUGUACUUCUGUAUUAAAAAUCUGAACAUUUAUCCCUUUAACUGCAAACCAGUAUGGAACCAGGCCAGUAUGUACAUAUGUGCAGUCUGACCAGGCUCUAUACUGUUGGUAGUUCAGUAUUUCUAUUUUGAUAUCGAAAUCCCUUAAACUUUGAAUGGACUGUUCCAAAUCAAAAUCUGGGCAAAUCCAUUAUAAAACUACAGCAGGUUUAGGGAUAAAUGCCUCAAGUGCAUCAUUACCAUCUUCUUCCUGCCUUUGUAGGGUUUUUAAGCGAAGUACAUGUAAAGUGUCUGUUAUUAAAAAAUUAUUUCAAGGAAGUUAAUUUUGCUUUUAUUGCAAUAUAUACAUAUAUAUUCACUUAAAAUGCUUUUAGGAAGUACAUUUAUACACAACAUCUAACAGUUUUUCAGAUGUUCAAUUUUAAAUAUGAGAAAUUAUAUAUAUGUUGUUGUUUUUCCAGGAAAAUUUGAGUGAAUUGAUGUAAAAAAAAAAAAACUAGUAGAAUUUUAUCAAAAAUGAUUUUGUAUGAUCCUAUUAAAUUUAAUUUGUUAGCAAUUCUUGUUUUUUUCUGUUAGAGGAAAAAGUCGUUUAGAAAUUUAUGACCUUGUGGCAAUAGUGUCUGACAUGAUCUCUGUCAUUGCCAUUUUUCCUUGUACACAUGUAUAUGACUUUUUAGACACCUGGUACAAAGUGCCAGAGGGAGAUAUAUUGAGUCUACUUGCCCCCCCCCCCCCCACCCCUCUUUUGGCUGAGGGGUUGAGGCAUUAGAACUGCAGCCACCGUUUAACCCUGCAUGAUCAUUGGAGGUGACUAAAUGAGUUGAAAUUACUGGAGUCUUUGCAUCUCUGAGGUCCAGCAGUUUUGACUCCUGAUAUUGCUUCAAGUUUGUAACACCUGAGGUUUGCCAUAUUAAUCUUUUCUGUUUCAGCACCAUAUAAUCUAAAUUGUGUUGGUGUUGCUGUAAAAUCAAACAAAACAAAAACAUGCUCGCCUUCCAAUGUAUUUCUGGGAACUUUUUUUACCCAUAGUCUACGUGGCAACAGAUAUAUACUCAUGUGACCAUUGGAAUCUGACUUAAGCUCAAAUCUUCUUAAUGGUUUUUUUUUUACAAAAAGAGAAACUAAUCCACUUUCAAGAAUCUGGUAACAGCCGCAGAUUGCUUGAUUGAAAAGUAAUGAGAUGACUUUCUAUUGGUGACUGUCAGAUCCUGAAGCAUUAUGGCAACCAGUACAGAGCAAGGUCAGGUAUCAGAUUAUGGUAGGCACUUUCUGAUAUAUAGUCAUUGAAUUUUAGGGAAUUUUUUGUAAAAAUAGAUGUUUUGUCUGUUUUAAGAUCUUUUGCAUAGUUACCCUUUAAAACUAUAUGUUGACUUUAAGAAGAGUGUUCCUUGCAAUGCAUGCAACUCAAUCAGGUGAGCGAUUUCAGGGCCACCAUGGCCCUUUCGUUAUUAAAAAUGCAAUCACUUUUAUGUGGAGUUGUUGUUUUUUAGCUGAUUAUAUUUUUUAAUAAAUGAUUAUACAUUAUAGUAGAUUUUUCAGUGUUAUUUCUGGAAUAUAUGUUUUCCAAGGUAAAAAACCUGUUGAAUUCGACUUAAUUUUAAUAAAUGAUUGUAAUGGUU